AUGGAAGCGAGGCUCUCCAAAACUCUGGGCCUCCCUCCUCCGAAUCAUAAUCACUGUCACCUUUCCAACGAUUUCAAUUCCCUCUUCACGUACUUCUCCGAUCUCACAUCCGUCCAGAUCCCUGAAGCCAAAAAAGCCAAAUCUUCGAGGAGAUCGGUAUCGUCGAAGCCGCCAUUUGCGUCUGUUUCAGUCUCAGAUAGACCGGAAUUAGUGAAAUGGGUCAAACCUCCUGCAUCAUCAGAAAGCAGUCCAAAGAUUCAGACGACAUUGAUGAAGCAACUCUCGGUCUUAGAGCGUGCACUAAUCGGUGCAGGAGCCGGUGGAAUCGCCGGAGCUUUCACGUACGUUUGUCUUCUCCCAUUAGACACAAUCAAAACAAAGCUUCAGGCGAAAGGAGCAUCUCAGGUAUACAGUAGUAGUUUCGAUGCAAUUGUGAAAACAUUUCAAGCAAAAGGGAUUCUAGGUUUCUACAGUGGUGUCUCCGCCGUGAUUGUUGGCUCAACGUUUUCCUCCGCCGUGUAUUUCGGUACCUGUGAGUUCGGUAAGUCUCUCCUCUCCAAAUUCUCUGGAUUCCCUCCGGUGCUAAUCCCACCAACUGCUGGUGCCAUGGGAAACAUAAUCUCAUCGGCUAUAAUGGUUCCUAAAGAGCUUAUCACUCAGAGAAUGCAAGUUGGAGCUGGUGUUAGAUCAUAUCAAGUUUUGCUUCAAAUUCUUGAGAAAGAUGGGAUCUUGGGGCUUUACGCUGGUUACUCUGCUACAUUGUUAAGGAAUUUACCUGCAGGGGUACUAAGUUACUCGUCUUUUGAGUACCUUAAAGCUGCGGUUUUGGAGAAAAUGCAGCAGAACAAUCUUGAGCCUUUGCAGAGUGUUUGUUGUGGGGCAUUGGCUGGUGCUAUAUCUGCUUCGAUAACGACGCCAUUAGAUGUGGUAAAGACAAGGCUGAUGACACAGAUUCACGUCGAGGCAGCCAGCGAACUAGGCGCUGCUAUGUAUACCGGCGUGGCUGGGACAGUGAGACAGAUACUAAAAGAGGAAGGUUUGGUUGGUUUUACGCGAGGAAUGGGUCCUCGAGUUGUUCACAGCGCUUGUUUCUCGGCAAUCGGGUAUUUUGCAUUUGAGACUGCUAGGCUUACAAUCUUGAAUGAAUAUUUGAAGAAGAAACAAGCUUCUGAAGCUACUCACGUUGUUACUGAUUCUUGA